AUGCCAACCCCCAAAUUCACCAGCUACCCCGGCAUAGGCGAAUGGGCUGCCCAAAACCUGCACUACAGCCAAGCCGUCCGUGUAGGCGAUUUCAUAAAGUGCUCCGGCCAAGGCGGGUGGAAUGCGAAGAGUCCAGAAAUCGACUUUGCAAACCUCAUACCUGCCAGCUUAGAGGACGAGAUAGACCAAGCUUUCGAAAACUGCGACUUUAAUCUGAAGAAUGCAGGCGGGAAGGGAUGGGCGCAGGUGUACAAGGUGGUUACGUACGCGACUGAUGUUCAUGCCGCGCAUGAGAGGAUCGUGUAUAAUUUGAGGAAGUGGAUGCCGGGGGGUGGGCCGAUAUGGACGGAAUUGGGGGUUCGGGAGUUGGGACUGAAGGAGAUGAGGUUUGAGAUUGAUGUGGAGGCUUAUGACGGUAGUCAGUAG